UUGAGAGAGCAGAAGAUGGCAAAGAGAUCAGAUAUAUCCCAGAAGCUCCUGGAUGAUCUAAGGAUGCGGAAGGAAAAGAUGGCAAUGUCUCAUACAUCAAGCUAUUCAAACCAGAUGUCCAGAGGUGGAAACUCCAGAAAACCCAUGCAAGGAUCGCGAACAGUAUACAAUCGUGAAACAACUAGUUCUUCAAUGGGAGACCAGAACAAAUGGUUUAGUACUUCACAUAACAGACCAGUAAUCAAAGAGGGAGCAUCAAAAGAGAUUGUUCCAUUGGGGAGAGCUCAGAACUCUUCUCAUAUUGGGGAUCUAUCGAUGGCACUUGCUUUUGCACUUGAAAAUGGUGGCACUCUGAGACAACUGACAUCCUCAGACAACCGGAUGUUGGGUUUCCUGCGUCAUAUUGGGAGAUCAGUAGAUUUUGUGCAAAUGGACAGGAGCAGCAGCAGCUUAGUUAGGACUAGACCUUCAAACAGUCAUUUCCCUAAUCUUUCUCAUCUCCACAUUAAAGAAAUAUCAAAAGGUGCCCAGAAGUUAAACCAGAUCCUCAAUGCCUGCUCCAAUGGCCUUAAUUUUGACAGAUACUCCAUGGAUAUUGGAAAGGAGCUACUAAAGGGAGCCAUGGAAUUGGAAGAGUCACUAAGAAUGCUUGUAAAUCUGCAAGAAGCUUCACAGUACAUGAUCAGUUCACAGAGAAAACAACGAAUCAGAUUGCUCGAGGAUGAAGAUGAAGAUGACGAUGAGACCACUAUCGAAGUAAACCAUCAUAGGCAAGUGAACGGUCCAAAGUUCUCUUUCAAAGGGCCCACCCGAAGCUCUCCUGAAGAUGCCCAAGAGGUCACAAAGAUCACCCUCCUUAAGCAACGACUACUUGCUCUAUCAUACUCUACAGAAGCAGCUCAAUUCAGCUCCAAUAACCACAAUUCAACCACCUAUUCCAGUUCAGUGUCUCAAAGGAGAUCAGUCAGCUGUGGUCUAGAUUCAAGCACUCUUACUGCAUCAUCAGAACCCAUGAAGCACUCAAAUACAUCUCAUUCAAAAACUGGGACAGGGCGAAUCCCAAAUGUUAUUGCAAAACUAAUGGGACUUGAAGAACUUCCACCGAACACAAACCCAAAGAAUGGAGCAGAGAAAGACAAAGUCUUGAAGCCAGAAAAAAUAAGAAAGGAUGCAAAGCAAAUUACAGAGGGAAGGGUCAGAAAAGAAGAAAGGACUCUUUUGGAGAACAAGAGUCAAUCCGAAAGGACCCAAACACCUAGGCCACAGGGGUUACAUGCAAACAUCCGUACAACUCCAGGAAGCAGCCUUGGUCCUGGAGCAAACAAAAUCCUGGUGCCUCACAUUGGCAGCCUUGAAUUCAUGUUUCAUGAAGAAACACCACAAUUGAGGGACCGGAAAGAUCUGGAAAAUUUGAACCAAAUAUCAACCCCGAAGCCUGCCGCCAAAAUCAAUAGUCUGCAGAUGAACACAAACCAGUUGAGCAAAACUAUUGGAAUUCAACAAGACAGACAUGGAAAGGAGAGAAAGGAGGAGAAACCCAAUCCCAGGUAUUGGAAAACAAUACGGAAAGGUGUAAAUAGUGAAGCAUUCUUAGAUGACUUGCAGAGGAUGGUACCACAAGCGAAAAAGCACCAAGAAGCUGUUGAUUAUAAGCAAGACAAAGGAAUGGAGAAACAACAUCAUAAAGAAAAGAAAAAUGCUGACAAUUUUAAUAUGUCGAGCAAUCAACAAAAGGCCCCACAUAAGAGUGGAUCUCAGCAGCCUCGACAAUUUGAAUCCCAAAGUGCAAUGCUUCAUGAGGAUGAGAUAAGGAGACACAACACAAAAGGCAAGUUGCAAGUGAACAAUCCCAAGGGUAGUGGAACAGUGUUGAAAAAUUCACUGAAAUCUUACCAUGGCAAAACAAAUUUGCAAAAGAAGCUGCCACGUACCAAUCACAGCACAGCUGGAGACAGAAUCCCCAAAGAAGCUUUUGACAAAAUGCCAACUGAAGGAUCUCACAAGAAAAGCCACAGUGACGAUCUCAUCAGUGAUGGAAUUGCCACAAACCAUAAACUCAGCAUUGACUCACCGGAUGAAAGUUCAGAAGCACGAGCUGAUAAUGAUGUCAAAAGAAUUUCUUCUCAAUGGAUGCUUUCAGAGGCUAUGCAUGUGCAACUAAGACAGGAGAAGUUAGGUAGCAGAGACAUGCAUAAAAGAGUCAACUCCCAAAAGAGAGAUGGAAAAGUUCAUGAAGUGGUGACCCGAAAAAAUAGAUCAACCAACAAUACAGGUCAACCAUUGAAGCAACAGAUUUCAGUAUUACAACUACUAAAACAGAGAAAAGCAGAAGAGACCCACAAGUCCAAAGAAGCAGAAAUAAGCAUUGACAUGUCCAGGAAAGCAAAAGCCAGCAAACCAAUGAAUUUGGUACCACAUGAAACGGGGGAACCGAGUUCCACCUUCAACAAUCCUGUAGGAGACAGCUGCCAAAGUCAGAGAGAAAUGGGUGCAACAGCUCCACAUGCCAUUACCAAUGACAAAACCUCAGGAGUUUCAAAUUCUCUACGAGAUCUUGAACCCAUGCUUGAAAAAGAUGAAGCAGUGCCAUCCUACUCCAUGUCAGUUCAGCUCAAAGUUCCAAAUGAAAAAAACAUGCUAGGUAUCUUUAACUCCUCACAACUGGAGCACCAGAAAAGCUUUGGGGAACACAGUUUGCUAAAGGAAAAUGAAAAUCAUCUCAAGCAGACACUACUGAGAAGCCAAAUAUUCCUCAAUACAGCGGAGGCACUUUUUGGACUUCUGAUUCCUAUCGACAUCCUCCAUUCCAGUGCUAACACAUGCAAAGAUGAUGACAGCAAGAUAGUUUUAGACUGUUGCUAUGAAGUGAUGAAAAGAAAAGGCAGAAGAAAAGAGCUCACAUAUUAUCCUUGUGUAAGGAUAUCUGUCAGGUCAGUGAAGCUGAAAAGCUUGGAUGAUUUGGUUAAAGAGUUGCAGGAAGAUCUAGAAGAGUUGAAAUUCAUCAAUCAGGAUAGCGGUAAUGAAAAUGACACUGCCCUCUACCUACAUAGCAUGCUUGAGAGAGACAUUCAAAAUAAGAAUCCAGAUUUGAACUGUAUGUGGGAUUUUGGAUGGAGUGAAACAAUGCUCGGAUAUUUUGAAAAAGUAGAAGUUAUACGGGAUGUGGAGAAGUUUGUGCUCAAUGGACUCAUAGAUGAGAUUCUGGAAGAUAUUUUGUAAG